CGGACGCGGAAGGAACCUCCCGGGCGGGCGGCCCAGGCCCCGCGCGCGCCCCGCGCUUUGGAGCCCCGUGGACGAGCGGCCGCCGGUCCUGGAGUCCCGGUCCACCUGGUGGCGGCCCCUGAUGCGCCCUGCCCAGGCAGGGCAAGUCCGGGACGCCAGUCGUGGACGGGACUGGCAAGGAUCAUGAGGCCAGGGCUCCGCAUGUGUCCAUGGCCAGCCAAUGCCCGUCUCUGCCCGGGGCCUUUGCCAUCCUGAGCGCUGCCGGGGAGCAGAGACUCCUGCGUCUGCAACACAAGCUGCAGAGUCUGAGGCCAGGCUGCCCGCGGGCUGACCUCCUGCUUCUCAUGGUGCAGCUGCAGCUGGGCCAGGACACCGCGGCCCGGAGCUCCCUGGAGGUGCUGAAGGCGGACGCGGUGGCCCAGCUGGUCGCCAGCCACUGGGCGGGCACGGACGCCGGGGUCCCCGCGCCCUCGGAGCCCCCGGACCUGCCGUGGGCGGUGGCCCAGCUCUACCACCUGCUCGCGGAGGAGGAGUUGUGCCCGGGUGCCAUGCGGGACUCGGCGUACCAGGCGGCCCUGCAGACGCUGAGCGCCAGGGCCGAUCCCCGGCUGCGGGUGCUCCAGGAGGAGGCCCGGGAGCACUGUGGAUGGGACCUCGCCACCGACGCGGAGCCCUUCCAGUCCCUCCACUCCGGGCUGGACCAGCCCCCACUCUCCUCUGCCUCGCCGCCGUCCCGGACCCGCAGCCAGCCACUGCCCAUCAAAGGCCUGUCGGGCUGGAGCCAUGGCCACUCCCUGAGAUCCACAGGGAGCCCCAACUCCCUGGCCAGCAAGCUGGAGAUUAGCCAGUCCCCUACCAGGACCGUCCUGAGCUCGCACCGCGGCCCGCUGGGGCCCAGCAAGCUGUGUGCGGUGCUCGGGCUUGGACCGGGGGGCUGCCAGGUGCCCGAGGAGAUGAACUGGCCACCUGCAUCGGAGCCCGCAUCGGAGCCUGCGAACUCCCCAGAGCCGGCCUCCCAACAUCCCGAGGAGGCCCCCGAUGCCGGCACUCACAGCCCACCCAGCCCCCCGGACGCCGCCCCUGCAAGCAGCGAGCCCUACCCCGUGCAGUGCACCGAGGCUCCUGGCACCGCUUGCCCCGCCCCCACCGGAAGCGAAAACACCAGUCCCGACCGGAAGUUGCGCGCCGGAAGUGUCAGUCCCAACCCCGACCGGAAGUCUAGCCAAGCUCCUAGUGCAGACCCUCCAGCCCCCUCGGCUGCCUCCUCGGUCCCCCAGAGCCCCUCGCCUUGGAGCUCCCCCGAGAGCCCCAGUGGGGCUCCCCUGCCCUCCUCCGCCGCGAGCCCCGCGCCCGCCCCGUCCGAGCCCCAGGGGCAGAAGUUCUAUAACUUCGUGGUGCUGCACACGCGGGCCGACGAGCAGGUGGCCCUGCGCGUGCGGCAGCGGCUGGAGGACCUGGGGGUGGCGGACGGGGCGACGUUCUGCGAGGACUUCCAGCUGCCCGGGCGCGGGGAGCUGAGCUGCCUGCAGGAUGCCCUGGACCACUCGGCCUUCACCAUCCUCCUGCUCACGCCCAACUUCAACUGCCGCCGGAGCCUGUACCAGCUCAACCAGGCGGUCAUAGGCAGCCUCACCCGGCAAGGGUGGCGCGACAGCGCGCUCCCCUUCCUGCCCCUCGAGAGCUCCCCGGACCAGCUCAGCCCCGACACGGCCCGGCUGCUCGCCGGCCUGGUGUGGCUGGAGGAGCGCUCGCCCGUCUUCGCCCAGAGAGUAAGCAGAACUUUCAGGUCGCAGCUGCUGCGGGAACGCAGGGAGCACUGGAGGCAGGAGCAGGAGAUGCGCGCCCUUCGGGAGCAGUGCCAGCAGCUGCAGGUGGAGGAGCAGCGGGCCCGCACUUGGGCUGCCGAGUACUCGGCCUACAUCCAGCGCUACAUGGCUUUUUGUCAACAGAUGGAGCAGCAGCAGGUCGAGCUGGGAAAAUACACGGCCUGGGGGGCGCGGGAUCCUCAGACGCCCCCGCCGGCCUUUCCUACCUGGCCGGGCCUCCAGGCACCGCCGCGGCUGCCGCCUCCCUGGCCGCCUGGCGUUCCCACACCAGCCUUCCCGCAGCCCCCCCUUUUCCAGCCACCCUCCACCUUCCCACCGCCCUCACCCCAGAGUCCAGGGGUGCAGCCUCUGAUCAUCCAGAACGCCCAGAUGGUGCAGCUGGGACUGAACAACCACAUGUGGGGCCAGAGAGGGGCCCCGCCCCUGGAGGACAAGACAGGACAGGAAACCGAGUGACCACAGGACUGGGGCUGAUCUUUGGGGGACCUUGGAGGUCCCAUCCCUCUCGCACUGCAGCGUACAGGGGGUGUCAGUAGAUGUUUUGCUACUUAGCAGAACAUUUUUUUCCCUUUUUGGGUCACACCCGGCGAUGCACAGGGGUUACUCCUGGCUCUGCACUCAGGAAUUACUCCUGGCGGUGCUCAGGGGACCAUAUGGGAUGCUGGGAAUCGAACCUGGGUCGGCCGUGUGCAAGGCAAAUGCCCUACUCGCUGUGCUAUCGCUCCAGCCCCAGGACUCGAUGAUUUUUUUUUGAGGUUUUUGGGGUGUCGAGAUUGGAUGUGGGGUUUACGUAUUCUGAUACUAGGUGGAGGGCUGGGGGAGAUUGGUAAGGUGCUUUGAUUGUAAUAAAUAUUUAUUGAAUGCU